GGCGGCCGCCCCUUCGCCGCCUCCCGCCGGUACCGAGCGGUUCGCGGGUGUCGGCGCUGCCCGGUUGCCGCUGCCGUCCCGACCCCGCCUCCGCCUCCCGCGCCGGGACAUGGACUCCGACUCCUGCGCCUCCCCGUUCGCCCCGGAGGACUUCUCCCCCGCCGCCCGCCGGCACCGCACCGUGGAAGACUUCAACAAGUUCUGCACCUUCGUCCUGGCCUACGCCGGCUACAUCCCCUACCCGCAGGAGGAACCGCCACUGAGGAACAGCCCCAGCCCCCCCAACAGCACCGGAGGCACCAUUGACAGCGAUAGCUGGGAUCCGCGAUUCAAUGACAUCCCCUCUUCCGUUUCCCUGCCCGCCAAGAACAGAAAGAACUUUAGUCAGCUUAAGCGAGCGAAACCCUACAGUUCCCUGUUCCAGCGGGCAAAACCCGGCAACUUCCUGCCAGAGCGAAAGCAAAUCGAUAAGAUCAGGAAGAAGAAAAAGCUGAAGAGGAGGGAAACGGAGGUGUCUGCAGAGGAGGACUACGAGGAGAAGCUACUGGAGCUGGAGGGGGAGGACUCUUAUGUAGAGACACCGAUGAGCCCCUCGUCUGAGGGCGACCCUCAGUCUGCGGCCGAGCACUGCUCGGUGUGGGACUCUGACACCCCUUCCAGCGUCUCCUACCCUGCCGUGACGGCCGAGCAGACGGUGGAGAUCCAGAGCGUGGGCAAGCGAACGGUCAUUCGGCAGGGCAAGCAGGUGGUCUUUCGGGAUGAGGAUGGUACCGGCGAUGACGAGGACAUCAUGGUGGACUCAGAUGACGAUUCGUGGGACCUAGUCACUUGCUUCUGCAUGAAGCCUUUCGCCGGGCGGCCGAUGAUCGAGUGUAACGAGUGCCACACCUGGAUCCACCUCUCCUGCGCCAAAAUCCGCAAGUCGAACGUCCCAGAGGUCUACAUAUGCCAGAAGUGCCGGGACUCCAAGUUUGACAUUCGCCGUUCGAACCGUUCCCGGACGGGCUCGCGCAGGCGCUUCCUGGACUAGGGGAGGGGGGCGCGUGCUGGUGCUGCGCGGGCGGGCGGGCGAGCCGGACCCUGGCCGGGAGGCUGGGCAGAGCUCCCCCGAACUGCUGCUGCUCAGGCUGAAGGGCUGCCCGGCCGCCUGCCGGAACAGGGACGAGGAAUUGCCAUGUCAGGGGCAGCCGGGGCUGGAAGAGGCCGACUGGUCAAAACUGCUGCUAGAUACCGAUUAGCUCAAGGGACAGACUAAGCUCUCUGGGUUCGGUGGGGUUUUGUCCGGUUACGACUAUGAAUUGGGUGAUGUCUGGGGAAUGUAUAAUACCUUUGCCACGUAUGUUUUCUCAUCCCAUCGGGAAACUGCAAACCUUCUCUGUGCUAAGAGACUCCUCCUCCUCCAAAGAGGGAGGAGGGGGGAAUCCGUGUGAAGAGUCUGAAAAGUAAAUGGCCAUGUGUUUUAAUUUUAAUGUAAUAUUAUACCUGCCCAUUUGUCCAUAUAUAUCAAUCUUAGAUACUCUAAGGCUCCGUAGGAGUGAGCGUCAAUGCAUACUGACCUCUGUGCGACCGGCCUCCUUCAGCGGGCCUGGGCAGUAGGGGAGUUCUGGGAUUUGGCAUCGUUCACCUGGAAACAGGACUUCUUCCUGCGCCGAGGGACCGGCGCGUUUAAAGAAGGGAGCAGCCCUUUUUCUGGACGGGCAGCGCUGGGGAUUAGCAACAUCGGAUUUCUUCCUAGAAGGUCUCUUUUUCGUGACUUUGUUUUGCAUGACUGGCUCAAAUGUGUGUAUGGGGGGUACUGUUUGCUCCACUUCCCAGCCCUUCGUUAAACUCUAAGGUGCUGUUUUAAGAAGACGCUGACUCUCCCUUUUCUCAGCACAGAAUUCAAACGUGGACUGUAAAAGGAGCCGUAGUAAACUUAGAACCUGGCAGGUCUGGUUUGGGAUUUGAUCAUUUCCAUCCGAGUACUACAGCUGAGUUGAGUUUUGUUUUCGCUGUUUGUUUUUUGAGAAUGGAUUUGUAAUCAGAAUCUUUAACCUAUUGGUUGCAAAUUAUACAGAGAAAAGCAGAUGCAGGCUAUGCAGCUAGCAAGAUGAAGUGCAAUGAAGAUCCAUCCGAGGCAGGGGAGGACAGGAGAGCGCUGAGGCCCCCGCCGAUGCUGCGGUCCCUUGACGGGACUUCCUGGGGCCUCAGCCCGAGGGAAAUCCAUUCAGAAACGUGCCAGGGAGUUGAGGCUCAUGAGCAUGGCCACCAAGACGGUGGCAUUGUUCCUCAGUGACCAAACAGAGUGAGCUGUAUGUAUCGCACAAAUUUGGUUUAUGUUUUGAGGUAUUUCUCUGCAGUUACACCUGAUGAACAACGAGUGCUCUGUCCGGUGGGACCGUGCGGGGAGUCACUGGCCGUACCACGGCUGAGGCAGGACUGGCCACACUGGUAGGAAUGUGUCCACGUUAGUCCUGCAGAUACACCGCGUUGGACCACCCGCAUUAUCCGAGUACUGGCUCAUCGGGAGAUGCAUCCUGGUGAUGACCAAAGGUCUUCCCGGUACACAGAGCCAGGUACCCUCCUUCCGAUGGCUGACACGGGGCUGACAAAGCUCCAGGCCCAGCAGUGACAUGCCUGCGGCUCCGCUGCGGGGGAUGCGGGGGUGUGAGAGCUCUGCCGGCACGGGUCAGGACGACGGAGCUGCACCACGUGCAACUGUUCUUCUGUCCUGCUUCUUUAUAAAAAUCCCGUUCCACCAAGCCGCAGCAACUGACUCUGGGUUCUGAAAACCAGCUCCAGCUUCUGUAAAAUCUUAAGACCAUGACUGUGGUACGCUGCCUUCCAGAAGCUACGUGGAACCACCAAGGAGUUUGCCAAAGACUUGCCCCUGAUGGCUGCCUGACUGUCCUUUGCAGCCAGAAAAAUAACCAAAGUUCUCAAAUGCUGCCAUUUCACUCUGCAAACUUUGGAAGAUCCCAGUCGCAAGCUGCGUAAGGGUUGGACCUGCUCUGGAAUUUGUAUCUCUGAGUUUACAGUGUGUCUGCAAUUCAACUGGACCUCCGUGCAACGCGUUCCCUGAAGCUUUUAUGGGAGAAAUGGCAAACUGCCAAGCGAACUGGCUCUUUUUCACAGAGGUUCGAUACUAAUCAGCGUGACUGACUCUUGUUCUGUUACCUUUUCAGAUUUAUCCAAAUAGAUGGUGUCCGACAAGUCCAGCACGUUACAAUAUCAGCAGAGAGAGAAAAAAAAAGUAACAUCUCCAUUCUUUUAGUUCAUCACUUUCAGCCAUGUAUAAUUAUAGUUUAAUUCAGAACUUUAUUUUUUCAUUAAAACUGUUUUAAUGAAACAUGUUUUUUUUCUUAAAUGUGAAACAAGUGAACAAUGAUUUUGUUUUAUUCCGAAUUCAGGAGUCGGCUGUUAUGAUUUAUUGGUGUGUAAAGCAGUUGUGCCAGGUGGCAGCAAGACUUGAUGCUUCACGUGCUCUUCCCUACAGGAUGCGCAAAGUCAGGUGCAGAUAGAAGUGCUGCAAACGCACCUUCCAUGUGCUGGCAGGUAUCCCCACCUCUCCUUGCAGCAGUUGCUCCUUGCCCAGCCCCUGCUGUAAGGUAAAUUGUGAUGGGUCCCGUUCCUGGCGCAGGGACAAGCAUGGGCAGGGGGGAGCGAUGUGGGCAGGUGAUGCCGGAGCCCGGAGUGGCCGAAGGCAGAUGGGCCGCUGCACCGGGCUCACUGACGGGGACCUGCGGAAAGGUGUGGAGGCUGGCACGGGUCCCAGGGGAGGGCUGGGGUCCUUGGUGGAGAGUGCCUGAAAGGCAGGCUCGGUGUGAAGAGGCCAGGCGCGCGGCAGGGUGAAUCACGGCAGGUGAGACUGCCGGCCAAGGUGGCCCCAUGUCUGUCCCGCCUGCCUGAGAGCCUGAUCCCUGCAGGACUGGGCACUGCAGCCUUGGAAACACCUGGCCUGCUCAGCCAGAUCCAAAAACCCCCUUUAAACCCUCUGUGAGCUGCGCCAAAGGGGAGUUCCUGCCCUCCCACCCCUGGGUGGCACUGAAGACCCCAAACCACCAAAGGGAUGCUGGUGCCACCCCUCAGCUCCUGUUCGUGCCAUGAUCCUGAAGGCGCUGCAUUCAAAGCAGAAGCCUUGACACCUCGGCAAACUUAAAAGACAGCUUGCAUCUCUGGAAAUGGCGCUGGACAAUAUUAGAAGCUAAGCUCUGUCUGCUUACAGCUUCUAUUUUAAUUCUGUUCGUAGUUUUGUGUUUUAUAUAGUGAUCAAUAGAAGUCCCCGAGGAGUUGUAGCUGUAAAAUGGCAGCUUCUCCCAGCGCAGAAAUGGUGGUGGUGAAAGCAGCGGUUUUUUAAGUGGGGCUAUUCUUACAGUGUCUUUAAAACCUUGCACUGAUAGAAAGUAAGGACGAGAGUAGGUAUUCAGCAGGAGAGACCAACCCAACACCUGGCUCUGAGGGAGGAGAUGACAGGACAGGGAGCGGACUCCACUGUGUGGACACCAUUCAGCGACCCUCGACAAGGACAGAUGCUGCAGGGAAGCAAAAAUGGAGCUGGAGCAUUAACUACUGCAGAGAAGAACCUGCUGCAGCAGCCUCACGGAUGGGGAAGGGUACUCGCAGCACUUGAAAGCAGAAAAGCAAGAGUCUGAACCUUUGGUGGGCUGAUCUGGCAGGAAAAAACAAGCUAUAUACUUUUUAUGAUGUUUAGCCAGGGAACGGGGCAAGGCCUGUGUCAGUAUUAAUCACGAGGGAUUUUACUUUAACGAGAGCUGCAAAUUCAAAUGUUCAAAGUACAAAGUUAAUGUUCAUCUGCCCCUCGCACAGAUUUCUUUGCGGUUAGAGAGAAGGUUAAUUCCGAAGUGCUGUGGGGAGACAGCGCAGGGGGGAAGGCAGGAGAACGGAGCCCGAUCUCUGAGAACACAGCUGUGACCGGGGAGAGCACCCGCCUGCCGCCAAGCCCUGGCCAUGCGGCCGAGCCGUCCUCAGGUACGAACGCGCUGCCCGAGUUGCACGGGACGGGGGCUGGACGGCUUUCACAGCAGAACUGGGGCCUGGAGCUGUGGCUCCUUGUCGCCUUUCACUGGCUGGGCCACCCUGGGACGUGGCUGUCAAAGACGAGAGCACACACAGGAAAACAAGGGAAGACUCCAAAAAGUAAAUCCUAAACCUGUAUCUCCACCUCAAGAACUUCCAGUUUAAAGGCUCUGGCUGAAAAGACCAGCACAGGUUCCCAGAUCCCUAUUAAGGUAUUUUAAGCAUUUGCUGGGUCAAUUAGAGACGGACGUGUCACCUCAUGUUCCUAUGGCACUUUAAAGUUUGCACCCAAAGAUGCCACCCCGUUACAGGUUUUAAAAGCUGGAGCAGGAACAACGCACUCUGCCUCUCAGAAACGUUAUCUGUCAAGUGUAGCAAUACCAUGGGAUAUCUUGGAGCACUGAAGCAGUUUUUAGAAUCACACUGCUAUUUCUCCACAUUUUAGUGUAGACAAUAUGCAAGAAAACACUUUCACGAGAGCAGGAACUGUCUCAGGAAGUUGUCAGAAACGAGGAGAAUUGUUUCAUUGCACAAACU